UUUCAAAUAUCAUUUCACCACCGAUACUCACCCUCACCCCCACUUUCACUUCCACUCUCACUCUCACUUUCAUCCAUUUCCUCGCUGUAUCUUUGAUAUUCUCGUCCAUACUCUUCAUUCUCACCUUUACACCCAUUCCCCCGUCUUCACACAGCGUUCUCACUCUUUACUUCCUUCGCUUCAGUACAGCACAGCACAACUUUCAAGGCACACAGAAACACCAUCUUUAUUUUCUUUCCCUGAACCGGUUUACUUCUGCAUCCUUUGUCUCUCCUCAUAAGCGAUGGGACCUUCGGAUAACCACUCUUCUGCACCAAACUCCUCUCUUUCUCACCGCCAAUCCAUCGCAUCAUUCUCCUCACCGAACUACUCGUUUUGUAAUUCUUCGUCUUUGUUUUCAGCCCCUUCUCAAUCCUCUUUCCACCAUCCGCUCACUCCGGAUCCCUCUCCAAGCAUGGACCCGCAGGAUCCAAAGACGGCCAAACUCGUCGCUCUUCAGGACAGGGAUGUCCCGGUACCGCUCUCGUCCAGCCCUGGAUUGAAAUCAAAACUCGGUGCUACUCUCUCCACUGCUCCCCUCUCCCUGGCCGCUCCAUCCUUAACCCCCAUGCCAUCCUUAUCGGCGCCAUCACCAUUAUCAUCGUCCUCUUCGCCCUCCAGCAUAGGCGCUAGGCCUUCUCAUACCCUUUAUUCGAACGCAACUCCUCCAAUGUCUCCUUCGCACACCUUCCUAUCACCUACAUCCCAGCCUUGCCACGGUAGUUCAGACCCUAAUCAUUAUUCUACCGCAUUUUAUCAACUUCCUCCUCCUCUGCAAUCCCCUCGGGCUCAUGAUUCGUCAUGUCGGUCGCCGACAAUGGCGUCGCAACAGUUUCAGCACAUAGUUCAGAACGGAGGGCCAGUGUCGCUGCCGCCUCCAAAAUCAUCCCAACCUGUGGGCUACAGCGGCGUGUCGCCAAGAUCGAAUCCCCAACAGUCGCCCCAUAUGCACCCUCCGUUAACUUCAUCAUCCAUUGGCCCCCUCUCUCCAUAUCCAACACCACAGCACCGUCCUCAGCAUCAUUCGAGCCCGCACCAGUCGCCUAGAUAUGAUGCUAAUCAGCACAAGCAACCGGUUCCUCCUAGUAUGAGCCUCCCCGCAUCCUCGCUUUCGUCCACAUCUGUGUUUCAGGCCAUGCCGCCACGCGCGUACCCGGGAUCAUAUCCCGCUGGACAGCCGAUCAAAAGCCCCGCAUCUCAUGGAACGCAUCUGAAAAGCCCACGAAUCAGUGCAACUCAGCGCUCUACGCCCAACUCGCCACAGCGAUUCAUGAUGCUCCCGCCACAGACGGCCCCAACGAUGGCCUCUGCGCGCCUAGCUAGUGCUCAAGCCAAAUCUAGCAGCAGCAACGCAGCCACGAAGCGCCGAUCAUCCUCGAAUGCCAAGGCCGUGGACCAAGAGACGCGUGAGAUAAUGAGAAAAGUGUCACACUCGGCAAUCGAGAGAAGACGACGCGAGAGGAUCAACGAUAAGAUCCUUCAGCUGAAGCAUUUGGUCCCCGCGUGUGUGGACGAGGAUCACCUGCACAAGUUGUCCAUUCUGCAGAGCACAAUCGAAUAUGUCCAAUAUCUCAAGUCGGUCAUUCCCGAGUCUGUUGCGAAUGCAAAGUUUCAAAAGGCGACCAACAACAACCCCAACAAUAAGACAACAGACAUGCUAGACGCUCUCGGUGUUAGCGGCAGCUCGACAAUGUUUUUUGCACCGAUGAUGACGACUGGGCUCGGGCACCCUUACUCUAAACGUGCCAGGACAGAGCAGACGCUUGGCCCGACAUGCGAUUUAACUGCUUAUUCAUCUCGUACAGACUCCCCCAUGUUAAUCACAGGCCCAGAGGAUAGAAGACGUGUAACUGGGGUCCAAUCUUCCUCGGAUGAGGAUGCCAAAGAUGGUCUUCUACUCUUAUCACAGAUUUCUUCUGGAGCCGUAUCCGUCAACGUAUCUCCAAAUCUUAAGUCAACACAGGGUGCGAAUCAAGAAGAACCUCGUUACGACAAUUCAGAACAAGGAUCGAGGAAGAGGAGGUUUUUGGAGGAUGAGGGCGAGGACGAGGACGAGGACGAGGAAGAAGAGGAAGCGGAUGAGGAGGAGGACGAGCCUUUCCGGGAUGGCCCUGACGAGACCAACGAGCUCGAUGAUGUGGACUAUCAGGAUGAUGGUACGGUGGAAGAGGACGAGAUUGAGGAUAGAGACGGAGGGGAGGCAGCGACGCGUCGCAGCAGUAGCAGCAAAAUGAGCGUCGACAGGUUACUUGUCGAUUGAACUAGUUAUCCUAAAACCCUUAUUUGCGUACGAUGUUGACGUACCCUGCAAUUAUCGCUGG